CCUUAGCGCUGUUUUAAAGCCAUAUUUCCCCACCCUUUUACUCUUCAGAAAUCUGAAGCCUUUCUCAUUUUCCGAACAUCGGGAAAUAUGGGUGAUUCUCCGAAGCACCCCAAUCUGCCGGAUAAAGAUCGGGCGCCAAAAGCUCAAAGGCCAUGCGACUACUGUGGCGACUCCACUGGUAUUCUCUAUUGUCGAGCUGAUUCUGCGAAGCUCUGUUUCUCUUGUGAUCGUGAAGUUCACUCUACCAACCAACUCUUCUCGAAGCACACUCGAGCUCUGCUCUGUGAUGCCUGCAACGAUUCGCCGGCCACAAUACUCUGUUCUACCGAAAGCUCCGUUUUCUGCCAGAAUUGUGAUUGGGAACGGCACAACCUUUCGUUGUCUUUGGUGCACGAUAGGAGGCCACUCGAGGGCUUCACUGGGUGUCCUUCCGUGAGUGAGUUGCUAUCGAUUCUGGGUUUUGAAGAUUUGGGCAAGAAAGCCCUGUUUUCGACUGAGGAUAGUGGAGUGUGUGACGUCGGUAGUGGCGAUGGAUUUGUGGGAUCUGAGCUUGAGGAGGGCCUUUCGGACUUGUUCGUGUGGGAUGCUCCUGCUGUUGUUAGCCUUGACGAUUUGAUAAGUUCUACAAGCUCGUCUCACAAUUAUCAGGCCAUGGAGGUUCCUCCUCUGCCUAAGAACCGUAAGGCUGCUUGUGGGCAACACAAGGAAGAAAUCAUUAGUCAGCUUCGUGAGCUAGCAAAAUCGGAGCCCAGCUUGAAUUUUGGAGAUGUAGAUACUGAACGAGUGAGCUCCAGGCACCCCAUAGUCCCUGAACAGUAUUUAAAGUCGGCAAGCUUGUCCACAGGUUUUGAACAUGAAUUCGAGGCUGAUAUUUUUCCUUCGUACGAGACAAAUGUUUUAGAGGGGCAUAGAGAUAGUGAGACUGCAAAUCAAGUUGUUCCUCCUAAUACAUCGUUGUAUAAAGAAGAAGCUCUUGACUUCCAUUCAGUUUCCACUGUCUGUGGGAAUCAUACCUAUCUUAGCAGUGGAGGACAACUGAACUCUUUUAACUCUGAAAACUCAUCGACGACCCCAAAAGUUGCUUCGUAUGAGCUGACAAGUCAAGAAAGAGACUCUGCCUUAUUACGUUACAAGGAGAAGAAGAGAACAAGAAGAUAUGACAGGCACAUAAGGUAUGAAUCACGAAAAGUUCGGGCAGAAAGCAGGACAAGAAUCAAGGGUCGUUUUGCUAAGAUAGAACACUGAAGUUGUGGUAUAACGUCAGAACUGCAACACUGAUACAAGGUGGUUGUCAUUUAUUUCUACGAGCUAUUUUGUAUAUAGUGUACUUGUAUAUGACGUUGCGUCGAAUAAUUAUCCUUUGAGCUAAAGCUUAGAUAAUACAUGUAGCUAUGCUAGCAAAUGCAUAGAGUUACAGUACAGUGUCCCCAUGUAAUGAUAUUAUGUGGAGCUAAAGCUCAGUUUUCCCCCCCUAAUUUUCAGGAUACGAUUCAUAAUC